CUUUAGUGUAACAACCUUUCCGAUCGGAAACUCUCCGUGCCAAAGGAACAAGUGCCAUCCAUUUCUAGCGAAGGUAGAGAAAGCCGCCUAUUACAUACCUGCAGAGCAAGGCUUUUUUUCCCCCCAGACGAUUAUGCCGUGUGCAUAAAACGCACAGUGAAAGCCAAAAGAAUGUGGACAUGCAAAACAAGCCUUGAUGAGUAUGAAAAAGUUAAAACUUAAAGAACUUGAGAGUUGUUUGCAACAAGUUGAUGUCUUUGAGAAUCCAAAACUCCUGCUUGAACAAUAUCCGACUCCGCCACAUAUUGCAGCAUGUAUGCUUUAUACAAUUCAUAAUACAUUUGAUGAUAUUGAAAACAAGAUUGUGGCAGAUCUUGGAUGUGGUUGUGGCAUACUGAGCAUUGGAAGUGCCAUGUUGGGAGCAGGGUUAUGUAUAGGAUUUGAUAUAGAUGCCAAUGCACUGGAAGUAUUUAACAGGAAUGCUGAAGAAUUUGACCUUACAAAUGUUGACAUGGUUCAGUGCAAUGUAUGUUCUUUGCCUGAUAAAAUGUCCAAAACAUUUGAUACAGUUAUUAUGAAUCCUCCUUUUGGAACUAAGCACAAUAAAGGUAUGGAUAUGGCUUUUCUCAAGACAGCUGUGCAAAUGGCAAGAAUAGCUGUGUAUUCCUUACACAAAACAUCAACUCGACAACAUAUUCAGAAAAAAGCAGAUGAAUGGAAUAUAGGAAUGGAAGUUGUAGCAGAACUGAGAUAUGACCUACCAGCAUCAUAUAAAUUCCACAAGAAAAAAUCAGAUUACUGAUGCAAUCAAAUGAUGUGGCUCCUAAUCUUUCAGUGACAAGUUGAUGUGUUGUAUGAUAAAUAAGGAAGACUUACAAGUGAGAAUCCCUACUCAGAAAAGAUUGAUGCUGUCAGAGAAGAAGAUAAAACCAACAAUAUUAACCUCGUAAAAGGAAUGCAAAGCUGGGGUGCAUAAUAACAAAUGCUAGGAGAAUCAUGCAGAUUUCCCUGUUGCAAAAUCACUGCCGAUCCAGAUGGGUAGCAGAAUUAUUAGAAUGCAGUAUUAUGUUUUAUUUGCAUAAGCAUUCAACCUUGAAAGAAUAUGGUAUUACUGAUUUAAGUACCAAACCCCAGUGCACAUAAAUAAGAGUGUAAAAUUCUGUGUUUGGGGCUGUGCAGGAUUUUAGUACCGGUGCAUAAAGUAAAAAAGAUGCUUUGGAGUGUGCAGGAAGACACAUUUAGCCUAUGCCUAAAACUCCUUAAGUCAAACUUGGGAUCUUGUGCCAAGCAACUGUGUAAUCAUAGGAAAAUCUACAUAUUAAAGCAUUUGCAGACAAGUAUAAACUGAGCAUCUGUACAAACCCCAAAUUCAUUUUGCCUUCAGAUUGAAAGGCCUAUGCAAUCUUUCUGUUUAGCACACACAUUCCAUUCUACCUGCAUUCUCAAGUCACUAUUAACUAUUUAGCUAACAACAGUGAACAAGCAAAACAAAAUAUAGUAUUUCUAGAGUCCUCCACAGCGGUACCAGGAAGAGUAUUUACAAGAUAGGAAGCAUCCUAUAUCUGUUCUGUUUUAAUUUGCUUUUUGUCUAUCACAAGUAGAGUAGUUGGGAAGAACAGGAAUAAUAUGGAUCUAGCUAUUUGGUUAAGACAAGUUCAGCCCACAAAUCCAAGAAGAUGGAUCACAAUUAUAAUAAACUCUCAAAUUAGCACAUUUACUUGUGGAGGGUGCACGUUAGAAAUUAAAACUAAAUGAGAUUUUUCACAUGUAGAGAAGCAUAGAAUCGAUGGACAUCUUUUGUUCAUAAUACAUUACAAUACUAUUUUUAGGGUCUCUGAAAUAAAAGUUGUUAUGGGCAGGGUGUAUUCAUGAUUGGCUUUACUAGAUCAAAUCCCUUGUUCCUAUAUCACAUAAUGUAAUCUAUAUUGGAUUUUGCUAUAUGAAGAGCAGAAGCUAUAUUUAGACACCUCUGCACUAAAACCUAAAGCAACAUCUGUUUAUUGGAGUCGACACUUUGUCAUUGUCAUACAAAGAAAAGUAUUAUAUUUUGAGAAAAUUCUAUUGCAACACUGAAGACAAGUAUAAAAUUGGAGUUAAGUGCUCAUGGUAACUCUACAUAGUUGCUUUAUUUUAUUUAUAGAUUUUUUUUUCUUCCAAUAAACUAAAGGUAGCAAUACAAUUUGAUACAUCUGUAACUGAACACAAAGAUUCACAAAAUUUGAAUACACAAGAUACUGAUAUUUGUUAUACACUACUCAAUAAAAGUUUUGUACAUAACAGAUAUUAGGAUACAGUUCUGAUUCUUCAGCCUUUUCUUUCAGCCUAAUUAUAGGCUCACUCAUCAGAUAUUUUUUUAAAACUGCAUGUUAAAUCAGGCACUAUUCCAAGAAAGAAUCUCAAAAUGUAUUUUUCUUCUUUGUCUUACAGGUAGACAUCAAAGUAGAUUUUAUCAGAUUCUCUUGUGGGGGAAAAAAGAUGGAUGGUGGAAUGACUUAAAACUGUAUUAAAAUAAUAAAAAUUGCAUUAAAUGGUUUUUGAAGUAUUACAA